CUUCCUACCUUGGAAGAUUUCAACAGAAAUUCAAAUUGUUAUUUUAUUGAACAGUUCCCAAUUCCACCACCUGCCCGAAUGCUACGCUGUCUCCGUUCGUAUCUGGUCCAGCAACAUUCAAAAAGGCACAUUACUGCCAAUACUCCCUUUACACUUUCGGCAGCUACUGGCACCACACGUGCUUACAUGCAAAAAGAUCCUACACACCUCUGCUAUUACUGUGGAAAAGACAGGAUGCUUUUGGACAAAAUAUCAAUCACACAACUGGAUAAACACAUCAUGUGAUGGUAUGACCUACAGGACAUAUUUUCUACACUGAAAACUUUUCUAAUACACAAUUUGUUUUCUGGAUGCCUUCAAAGGUUCUACUAUCCAUGUGAGCUACAGUUGAAGUAUUGCAGGUUACUGUGCUUAAACUACCUACACAAUGACUUUUUGAAGGAAAAAUUGUCUAUUUGGGAUGAAAGUCACCAUGAGGAAAAAAUAUUUUUUCUUUUACUUUAUACUUCUGGCUGUGAUAACAAACCAGAUAGUACAUGGGCAAAACAGAAAAAGAGGAAAGAAUAUUUACUCUCCUAUGCCAAAAGAUGAAGGUGAUAUGUGUCUCAUUGAUAUAGUCUUUAUCAUAGACAGUUCAGAAAGUGCCAAAAAUCAGUUGUUUGAUAUACAGAAGAAUUUUGUUCAAAACAUAACUGACAGCAUUUUCCAGAUGAAGCCAGUUAAGUCCCACAUGUAUAGUGUCAAACUAGCAAGUAUGCAGUUCAGCAGCACAGUCAUCAUUGAUCAUCCCUUUACAGCCUGGAAAGAUGUCCAGAAUUUUAAGGAGAAAAUCAAUUCUCUGGGCUUUAUUGGCCAAGGCACUUAUUCCUAUUAUGCAAUUUCAAAUGCCACUCAUCUGUUUAAAACUGAAAGUCGUAAGAGAAGUGUGAAAGUGGCUUUUUUGAUGACUGAUGGUGUAGAUCAUCCAAACAGCCCUAAUGUCCAGGGUAUAGCCACCACAGCUAGAAGUCUUGGAAUACAUUUUGUUACCAUUGGCCUUUCUAAGAAAGCAGUCCAAGAAGAAAAAUUGCGCAUGAUAUCUGGUGAUUCGUCCUCUAAACGUGUCCUGUGCCUGGAUGAUCAGAAUCUGGUAGUUGAUAUAGCAUUGGAACUGGAAGCCUUGCUACAGAAGCAGUGUGUGCAGAAGACCUGUGAGUGUGAAAAGGGAGAAAAAGGAGACAAAGGUGAAAAAGGCAGUGAUGGCAGCAAAGGAGAGAGAGGUGAUGUAGGACCAAAAGGAAACAAGGGUGAUGCUCAAAAAGGAGAUCAUGGAGAGAAAGGGGAAGAGGGAGCUCCUGGCUACAAGGGAGACAAGGGUGAAAGAGGAGAAUGUGGAGCCCCAGGACCAAAGGGAGAAAUAGGUUUGCAGGGCUCUGUGGGCCCUACAGGACCUCGGGGACCUCAGGGUAUCAGGGGAGAUCCAGGUCAGCAAGGCCCAAAAGGCAUCCAAGGAAGCAAGGGAGAACAAGGCCCUCCGGGUCCCUAUGGUCCUGCAGGACCCUCUGGCAUUGGAGAGCCAGGACCCAAGGGUGCUGAAGGUCGAGAAGGUAGAAUUGGAUUGCGAGGACCUCCUGGAAUUGGUGAGCCAGGAUUACCUGGACCACCUGGCCCUCCUGGUUCACCAGGUGAAAAAGGUUCAACUGGACAGGGCAUUCAAGGAGAUAAGGGUGAAAAAGGCUCUGAUGGUGCCCCAGGUCCUCGGGGACCAAAAGGUGAACAAGUCAAAGGUGACAAGGGUGACCAAGGCGAGGUAGGACCACAGGGCCCACCAGGACCACCAGGACCAAGCCAGCAAGGAAGGCAGGGUGCACAGGGUCCACCAGGAAACCCUGGGCCAAAAGGCUCUCAAGGUUCUGGUUGGCCAGGACCAAAGGGUGAACCAGGUAAACCUGGACAAAAAGGAGAACCAGGACUUCCAGGAAUUAGCUCAUCAGGACUUAAAGGAGCUACAGGUCUUCCAGGAACCCCAGGAGAGAAGGGGGUGAAGGGGGAGACAGGGUUGACAGGGAAAAAGGGGGAAAAGGGAGAGGCAGGUCCAAGAGGCCCAGAAGGACCCCCUGGCAAAGGACUUUUAGGUCAAAAGGGUGACCCUGGAGAAAAAGGAUCUGAAGGAAUGAUUGGUCCUACAGGACUAAAAGGCCCAGCUGGACUAAAAGGUGAUCGUGGAGAGACAGGACCCCCUGGUGUACCUGGAGCAUCUGUUUGGGGACCUCCUGGACCAAAGGGGGAUCCAGGAUUUAAGGGACCACCAGGAGAUGAUGGACGUCCUGGAAAUUCAAUAAUGGGACCAACGGGGCACCCAGGACUGCCUGGACCACCUGGACCUGAAGGACCAAAAGCUGAUAAAGGUGACAAAGGUGAAGCUGGACCUCCAGGACCAGUAGGCCCUGCAGGACCAGAAGGACCAAAAGGCGUGGGAGAUGCUGGGCCAAAGGGAGACCGUGGAUAUAAAGGUGAUCUCGGGCCCCCGGGGCCUCCAGGAUGGGGACACAUGGGUCCCAAGGGUAUUAUGGGACGUAAAGGCUUGCCUGGUCCCCCUGGCCCCCCUGGCAUCAGCAUACAAGGAGACAAGGGAGAAAAAGGAAGUAAAGGUUUUCCUGGACCAAAGGGAUCAGUAGGAACUGGCCUUCCUGGACAAAAGGGAGACUAUGGAGAUAAAGGUGAUACAGGGAGCAAAGGUGCCAAAGGAGAGAUUGGAGACCCAGGACCUCCAGGACCAAAGGGAUCUGGGGGAAGAAAAGGUGAACCUGGUCUUUCGAGAGAAGAUGUUAUCAGACUUAUCCAUGAAAUAUGUGGUUGUGGUAUCAAAUGUAAAACGACCCCACUGGAACUAGUAUUCGUCAUUGACAGCUCAGAAAGUGUUGGACCAGAAAACUUCAAUAUUAUCAAAACCUUUAUGAAAACAUUCAUUGACAAGGUUUCGGCCAACCACGCUACAACCCGCAUCGGCAUUAUUAACUUCAGCCACAGAGUGGACCUGGUGUCUUCUCUGAAGGAAUUCACGAGCAAAGAGCAGCUGAAAUCAGCUGUUGACAAGAUGCCCUACUUAGGAGAAGGCACAUACACAGCUUCUGCCAUCCAACAAGCCAUUCGCUUAUUCCAGGCAGCCCGCCCGGCCGUAAGGAAGGUGGCUGUUGUCAUAACGGAUGGACAGGCGGACAAUCGGGAUAAAGUACGGCUGGACACCAUAGUAAGAGAGGCCCAUGCUGCAAAUAUUGAGAUAUUUGUCAUUGGGAUUGUACAAAGGACUGAUCCUCAUUUUGAUGACUUCCUGAAAGAAAUGCAGCUCAUUGCAACUGACCCUGAUGAAGAACAUGUUUACCAGAUAAAUGACUUCGUAACGCUUUCAGUUCUUGAAAAUAAACUGAUCACAAAAAUCUGUGAGAACGACUCUGCAGUGUACACCAGAAAUUACAAUCUUUUAUCUCCUUCUCCAAGUCUGGAAUCUGAAAUUGCCAGGAAAGAUGCUAAUAGCCUGUUACCUAAAACGACCACUUCACAGAUUGAUAUACUUCCUACAGAAGCAUCUAAUAACCCACACACUCCAUCACAAUCCACAUACACUGAACCUCUGCCAUCUGCUCAGGACCACAGUGUGACCCCCUCUGCUCGCAGAGAAUCAAUACUUCCCCCAGUUUAUAACAUAUCUGAAACCAGACCCCUGAGUCCAGUUGUCAAUCCUUUCAUUGGUGGAACUGCUACUGAAGAUCACCGGCCAGCUGCAUGGCAAGCAGAGCUAGCAAGAACCCAAAAAAAUCCAAGGUGCUUGGAACCUUUGAAACCAGGAGACUGUUGGAACUAUGAGGUGAAAUGGUAUUAUGACAAGGAUGGCAAUUCUUGUGGCCAGUUCUGGUAUGGAGGUUGUAAUGGUAGCAACAAUAGAUUUGAAACAGAAAAAGAAUGUCGAGAAACCUGUGUUGAUUGAUGAAUAAAAAUUACUUCUGUUGGGAACUCUUGAAGCUGGAAGUUCAUGGGUGCUGAGGAAGAACUGACUGAGAAGAAUCCAAAAUAAUGUGUUAGCUUGAAAUUAUUACUGCUGUGCUUUAUUGCCUUCCCCACUAUUGUCUGCACAUUAACCAGAUUCCUGCAUAAUAUAUGUUAACUGCAACACCAUAGCAAUAACUUGAAGUCACACGUACACACACACAGGGAGGUACCUUUUCCCUCUGAAUUUACAGUAACUUGAUACUACUGCAAAUGGGAAUAAUGAGAUUCUAUUUUUAGGAUUAAAAUAUCAAAAGUGUUUACACUUGGUUUUUAAUGACCAAGGUCUCUUAGUCUCAUGGAAGAAUAAAAUAUGCUCUAGAUUUAAACAACACUAAGUAGUUCCUGAAAUUAGCACUCUUAAUACAGCAUUUAGAGGCAUAAAUAAAGAUUUCCAUUGAUUAGAGCUCUUCUUUGGAAUGUAAGUACCACAGCUAUGGGUAACUAGAGAGGGGUUUUUCCCAUUAUUAAAGCACACUUGGAUUAACAUCAAUAUAAUAGUUUCAAUUAUAAAGGUUGGACUUUCAUUUAGAGUUACGUUAAAAACUGGGUUCUUCAUGUCCUUUAGGCUGUUCAGUACAUUUCAAUUUCUCAGGGCCUCUGGGUUAAAAAAAAAGAGUUAUUUCACUCUAAUACUCUAAUAUAUGCCACUAAACUAAAAAAGGGAAAAGCACUGAAAGAUAUGUAUUAAUGUUUACUAAUAUCCUUUCUACUUUUAGCCAUAACCCCAUAUGAGCGCAUUGUUAAAUCUGAAAAUGACAAAUGUGAUUAAAUUGGGAAGUAAUACUUGAUAAA